AAUGAAAAUAGUGUUUUUCCCUUUGUGAAUGAAUUUUACAAGGAGCAGCCUAUUUAAACACUAGCUUUAAACAAAGUAUAGGAUUUUCAGCUGAUAUCUGUAAGUUUCUGUGGAUAUACAGCAAAAAGAUAUAAUUUAAUUUUUAUGUGCAUAGUUGUUUACCCUGUGUUUAUUUUCAAAUCAGUUAAUAGAAUGCUUUUUAUAUAUUUUGUUUCAGGUAUAUUGUUAAUAGAGCUUGGCAAAUUAUAAAUAAAUAUAUGUAUAUGGUUAGAUAGAAGUGAAUAUAAUGAACACAUAUGUAAUAUAUAUAGACACACAGAGCCCUUCAGUUCAGGUACAAUUUGCGCUAUGAAUGCUGCAAACAUUUUUGUUUAAAUAUUUGUAUUUAUACUUUCGAAGUCAGCAUUUAUUUUUGUGGCUGUUUACCCACAAUGAAAGAGUUCUAAUAAAGAUGUGCUGAAGUUGCAAUAUAGAUUUUGCCGAAGUGAUCACCUGUUGUAAUGACUUGCAGAUCAAUGUUUAUAUUUUAUUUUGAAAUUAUAACAAUUUAGAAUUCUAGACAUUCAGAAGUAAAAUGCCUCUUUUCUUAAUUUUCAUAAUGUAGAGGUAUUUAAUUGAUCCCCUUUUAAAUGUCUGUGUAAUUCAAUCUAGAGAUUUGUUCCUUUUGCUUAGUCAUAAUUUUGUUUUAACUUGCCAUAUGCAUAUGUAUACAUAUACUGUAUAUGUGUAUAUAUGUGAGACAAAAUGAAAACAUUUUUUGAAUUGUUUCAGGCAUCCCAAUAGCUAUAAUUGCAGAAAAUAAUUAGAAAACCCUAGUAAAAGGUUUAGUAACUAAUUGGAUCCUGUGGUGAAUCUGUGGAGGACAAGUUUUUCAUUUGUUACAAUUGUAUAGUCUGAUAUGUGUUCUGCAGUACUGCAAUAAGCUGGUUACUUCUUACAAUAGGCCCAAUGAAAAAUAAUCUGUCCCUAAGAUGUUAUCAGCAAACACUUAGAGAGUUGCUCAGGAAGAGGAGGAAAAAAAAAAAAAAAAAAAAAAAAAACCUAAGGGAGAAGCAAGCUUACUGGAAUAGAUUUGAAAUUGAAAUGCCGAAUACUUAACACUGGAAAAUAGAAGGGGGUGGGUUGUGGAGUGGAGACAGGAAAAGAGAGAGAAAGAGAGAAGAUCUUUGUGGUGAAAAAAUAAUUUCCACCAAAAAGAAAAAAGAGUGAAUGAGAGAGAGAGAGAGAGAGAGAGAGAGAGAGAGAGAGAGAGAGAGAGGGAGAGAGAGAGGCCUAAGAAAGAAUAUAAGGGCCAGGAAAAUUAAAGGAGCUGGAACCAAAUAUACACAAAUGGGGAAUGGACAAAAAUAGAUCAAGACAGUUAGUUUAAUUAUCUCCUUUAAGCAAUUAGACAUGAUUUUAUUUUCUUAGUAUAGGAACAGUUUCACCAGAGGUCCAAGUUUCCUUGAAAUUUAAGUUAUUCAGAAUGAAGCAUAAAAACAUCUCCCAAAUUAUUGUUUUAAAAGCCAAAUUUAUGGCCGAUAUUAAAAAUAGCAAUAAAGUCCAAGUGAAUGAUUUUAGGCAAAGGAAAUCCCCAUUACACAUUUUUAACUGAAAUAACUCAAAGAGAGGCAUGUGUCCAAGCUGAAAAAAAGGUGAUGAUUUAUUGUUUGCUUUUGCCAUGGAUUUUAUUUGUGGAAUAAGAAUGUAUUAACACAGGGGAAAUAUAGAAUUUUGCUUACCAAACAUUAAAAAGAAGUUGAACUCUUGUGGUGAGGUAAAGGGAUAUAGGUAUAGAAGAAAGAUUCCCUGCAUGAAUUUUUUUUUUGCCACAUUAAAUAACUAUAGUUAUUUGUGAUUAUAAGUGUUCAUUUGACUCACAGAUAAAUUGAGUUUUAAUGGCAAACAUCAUCCUUUGAAAUCAAGAGGAAAACUGAUUUCUUUGAUUCUUAGAAACAAAGUACUGGAGUAAAAGUUCUGCUUGGACCCAUGUCCAAAUUACAUACAAUGGAUAUGCCUAGAAGUGUGUUAGGUAUAUUAGACAUGAAGGCAGAUAUAUGGAGAGAGAACCUUGUAAAGGCUUCCUGAAGCCCAGUAUGAACAUCUCAUUUCCCUAUCCUAUCAUUCCUCAACUUACCUUCUCAAAAAACACAUGACAGUCUGGAAUGGCAUGUAAUACAUUAUUGCAUCAAACUGGUUGUAAUGUUGUGUUACUUGUUGUCUCCAACCUUUGACGGUUAAACUUAGCUAAUGUCAGAAAUACACUUCAAAACUUUUUGAGGAUUUUUUUUCAUACUUAUAAUUGUUUUUACUAAGAUGAAGGUUCUCCUUUGUGAGAUUUUGGAACUGAAACUGAUCGCAACUUAAAACUUGAAAUCUCAAAUUAAAGUUUAUUUCCAGGUUUAAAGUAUUUUACUUGAAUUUGUCUGUUGUAAAGUUAACAAAAAAAUUAAUAUGUAAAACACAAAAAAAAUAUGUAAUUGAACUAGAGGAGUUAAAGUAUUAUUUCAAAUGUGUUUCUUCAGCCCGUUACAAAAUUGGGAACCUAGUGAACAUAAAGUCUAGAACAAGGUUUAAUACAAAUAUACUUAUGGUCAUGGAAGCCUUCAUGUAGUUUCUGUGACUUGCAUAAAAUCAAAAGCAGAGAGGCAAAAAUUUAGUCUUGCAGGGUAUUGAAUAGCAUAUAUUUAAGUUGGUGCAUAUUUCACCCAAAUACGUAGAUAAAUUUAAUAUAUUUCGUAGUCUAUAGAAGUGUGGUUUUUAAAAUGUGUUUUCUACAUCAUUGUUGAGGAAUUUGCAUGCAUUGGGAAAACUUUGCUUUUGGGAAAUUAAUUUUAUGAAUAGCUAAAGUGGCUGGUUGUGUUUGAGACUAAAAGCCUUUUGGAGAAUUAGGCUAACAAAGGGUGAAGGUGAAGAUCAUUAGAGGUUUUAGAGCUGGCUGAGAUGGGUUGCUGGGGUUGUGUAACUGUGCCUAGAGGGCGGGGUUCCUGUACAUUCCUACUUCACCAGAUAACCUGCCCCCAACACCACUUCAGCUUCUGCCAGACAGAUGGAACUCUCCAGCAUGAAAAUCUGCACAGCCAUUCCAACAAGCAGGGCUCUGACUGAGGUUGUCCGAAGGAUGCCGAGGAAAAGGAUAUCAGGACUGGAAGUGCUCUUACCACAAGAUCAAAAUCACAGUGAAUCCCCAGGUCAAAAGGAUGUAGACACGGCAAAGGAAUAUGGAGACAAAACGAGACACAUUUACGGAGAAAGGGAGACGUCAGUGUACGCUCGAGAGCCUCGCUAUCCCAGAGUGGCUGAGAGCACGCGCCAGAUACAGGUUGGCUCGGCCCGAAGCGAAUUUGGGACUCUCGUCGCGGUGUCCUAUUAAUUGGCCUUCCCGACGCCUCAGGGACUCCUGAGCGAAGAUGGAGAGUGGCAAAAUAGCGGGACUUGAAGUCGUUGUGGUAGGGACCCAGCGGCGUUGUUUUCUCGGGUUUUGGACCAAUGUGGAGAAGUAACGUAGGCUGCUGAGUUGGGGCCUUGCUGGCUGCGCGGUGGCCGGAAAGGAGAGGAGCUCUCGGGACGCUGCGGCGGAGAUCCCGGCGGAAGGCGAAGCCGGGCGCUGCGCAAGGAGCAGCAACGUGAGGGCGCUCUUGCCCAGGACAAGCAGAUCUGAACGUUCGGUAGCUCACAUUGGCUGAUGCCAGGAAGAGAAACUUCAGAACCUUGACUGGCGCACUACCCUACCUUUCCCUUUCUUCUUCAUUUUCUGUGUACCAUGACCCCCCACCUCCAACACCUCCACCACCUUUUUUUCCCCUCCCAAAGUUGUUUCCUUUUGUUUAGCCGGUGCGGUUUCAGAUCUCAGCACUUCUCGGCUAGUAGAUAAAACUGCUCUGUAAUGGACAUCUCUUCUCCUCUCCACUUGCUACCCGACUCCCACUUCGCUUUCUACCCCAUUUUUGCUUCUCUCUGACCAAGGCUGUGGUCCAAGGUGAAGGGGUCUUACAGGAAAAGAGGUAGCCUCGGGUGGGAAUUCCCUUAGCACUGAGGGCGGACAGUUGUUGGUGAGAGGGAAGUAGGGGCUCCGCAGGGCAGAGUACUCCGCCAGUGCUUAGAUUCUCAGGCGGUAAUCUUCAGUCUAGAAAAGGUGAUGGGAAGGAAGGGCAACGCAGAAUAGAGGUGGUCCACUUCCGACUCCCCCUCACCCGCCCAUCCCUGCAAGUAAGACUCAAUUUCUGUAAUUCAACACCAUCUUCACCCGCUCCUCUAUCAAACUUUGAGGUAGGCAGACAUUCUGAAAGUGUUGUGAUCACAACAGGCAUUUACAAUGAUAACAACUCACAAAUUAUGUUUGUGAGGGUGAGGGUUAAGAUAAAAUGCCCCACGUCUUUUUCGUGGUCUAUUGCUUAGCACAAAAUCUUUUUCCCUAUCUUCGGUCCUAUCUUCCCUAUCUUGCAGAAAAGCCCCAUAGGAGGAAAGCAAGUUGGACGUUUACAGAUUUGAGAUUCGUGUUGGAAUGAAAGGGAGUGUAUAGUUACCAAACAUAUUUGGGUAUUCAUUUUCAGCUUAGGUUGAAUUUGCUUACGCCACUGUCACUCCCAGAAACUGGGGUCGUCUUCUUCAAUUUUAUUCCUCAUCUCUUCCUAUUGUGUCAUUCUUUGAAUCAAUGGGUUUAAGGUGCAAACAUAGUUUCCUGCGUAGACGUUUUUGAUUCCGUUGAUUGAGUACGAAGAUUAAAAACUGUAAUGGGGUUAUGGAGAGUUGUCUCUCAGUUCUUUCAUUUUCUCAUUGCUGUGAAAUUUAAUGACCUGAUCAUUGUUGUUUGAAGUUAAAUUAUCUGUUAAAUUAGCCCGAAAUAAUAACUGAUAUUUUCCUUUUGGA